GUGUACGUUCAUUUCUAUUAGAUGCGUUUAUACAAAUCAUGUAUAAUACAUUAUUCAUUUCCUUGAUAGGUAAAUUACACUUAUUUUUGUGUGUACAUAACGUGGAUGUUUAUAUAACGAAUAUCUGAUUGUCUUUGCAUUAUACUUGUUAUAUUGAUGAUUACUAUAAAAGAUUCGUUUCUCUCUCAGAAUAUCUGAUCAUCUUUCGGAGAACGUUGCAUCUAGCGUCCAACUGGAUGAAUUUAACAAUUUCCAAUGCAUGUCUAACGUGUUGGUAAUAGUUUCUAGCAUUCAGAACAUAUAUAUGUAUAGGUCCAUGCAUACACACGUGUAUUGUGUAUCUAAUUUAAUAAUAGCGUAAUCGUCGUAGAGCAAGCAAUGGCGGUGCAUCCGGUCUGUUGGUUUCAGUGUUUGUAAUUAGAUACUGGCUUGGUUGCCACCGAAAAGAAUGUCUCGAUCGAGUUAAUGAAACCGUUAACGUCGGCAUCAACUAAUUGUUUGUCGAACGCGUUUAAAUGUUGCCCUGCGUCCGAACGGAAUCUACGAUCGGUGAACUUGUCGAGCGUGAAAAUUUGAAUUAGUUUCGUUUGCCGUUGAGUACACUGGCGUCGACCAGCGACCGACCGAAGCGAGACGGCCUCCUCGCUUAUUCAAGAUUUUUGUAUGAGAAGAACAGAUUCAACGUUGGUUUGUUACGUGAUAAAAUCGAGGAGUAACAUGGUGAAAGGACGACGAAAACGCGUGCAAGCGAAGAAUGCAGCACAUACGAAAGCUGCUGUUCUGACAACGCACGAUAUAAAUUCACCGAUGAAGAAGGAGGCCAAAUUAGAUGAUAGUAAAAAUUUAAAAAUUGUCAGUUCAGACGAGAUACAUCUUAUAUCUAAUGCACAUAAAUCUGUCUGCAUAAAUUCCUAUUUCAUUACACAAAUUACAGAUGUAUCAAAUUCCGAUAUUUCUAAAAACGAAGCUACCAUAGUGCCUAUCGAAAAUGAUUUCUAUAGAGGUGACGAAACUGUUGCUAUACAAAGUGAUAUUCUUACCGAUGUUGGACAUUUCAGAACAGAUGAGACACCUGUAGCAGUACCUAUUCAUGGUCCAUCGACGCCGCACAGGAUUAAUAUGCCGAAUCAGUUAGAAGAAAUAGAUAGAAACAUAAAUGACGACAAGCAUGCGAAUCCUGUGAUGACGCCUGUACUCAAAUUAGACCAGCAAUCAUUGAAGAAGCCCGCUAAUCGUGGCCGUAGAAAAUUGGUUGCCGGUCAAACCGCGACGCAUCGUUCAACAGAUUCCACAAACACUAAAAGUACAAAUCAUAAGCUUACUGACUACUUUCCAGUGCGCCGUAGCGUUAGAAAAUGUAAGAAGGCGGUGUUAGAAGAAAAACAACGUGAUAUGGAGAACAAAGUGCUUUGCCAGGUGGAGGAGGGUUUAGAGGUAAGACAGUUCGUCGGUAAGGGACGUGGAGUAGUGACAACGCGAGAAUUCAUGAAAGGAGAAUUCGUAGUCGAGUAUAUUGGCGAAUUGAUCGACCAAGUGACGGCGAAGAAGCGCGAGAAGCUGUACGCACAAGAUCAGAAUACUGGAUGUUAUAUGUAUUAUUUUCAACAUCGUAACCAUCAGUAUUGCGUGGACGCAACUGCUGAAACCGAUAAGUUAGGUAGAUUAGUGAAUCAUUCGAGGAACGGUAAUUUAAUUGCACGAGUCAUAGAAGUAGAGUCGACGCCGCACCUCGUACUUACGGCUAAAGAAAAUAUAUCUGCUGGAGUGGAAGUAACGUACGACUACGGGGAUCGAAGCCGUGAAGCCAUUCGUCAUCAUCCAUGGCUAGCAUUAUAGCGAUUUUAAUUAUGGUAGUAUGAUAUGUUGUACAGUAAAAUUCUUCCAACCGAUCUUAUCCUUCGCACGAAGGGACGAUAAAAGGGCAUAGAGGACGAUAGAGGGUAUUCGUCCAGUUUUAUGAAAUGAGAGUGCAUGGAACAAGAGACAUGAAAUUCGUAUGUCUCUGCUUCAGUAUGAGAAAAUUGUAAUUUAAAUACGUUGUUGUGUAAAAAGUGGAGAAAAGUAUAUAGUAAUGUUUGCUAUCUCAUAAAAUGAAAUAAUAUAGCUUAGUGGAACACCUAAAAUAUAUCGCGUAAUUUUCAUUUUAUCAAAAAUCAAGCUUACUUGAUCAAAGAAUUUGUAGCCUAUCAUAGCAAAUGUUCCCUACUUUUUCAAUGCUUGAGUAAUAUUCCGAUCUCUGCCUCUAUGACGAUAUUUACGCUGUAAGACAAUUCUCCUUUUCUGUCGAUUUGUCACUGCCAUGUUCUAACAAUGACACGAAAAGCAACUUACAAAUGAAAAGAAGGAUAGUUCGGUUUAACAGACGUAAAUUAAAGACUUCGGUUUUCUUAAAAAUUGAAGAAACUCCGAUAUCGCGAUUCCUUUAGAAGAUUAUACAGAUGCCUUAAUGCGAAACGAUAGAACAUUUAUUACCUAUCAAAUCGAUUUUCAUUAAAUCUGUGUGGACGUUGCAUUCAAGUACUUUUAUAUCUUGUCAGUAUUUCAUUUAUCGAGUAAUAAAUAUCAUUAAUAUGUACUUUGUAAUAAUUUAUAAAUCAUUUUAACAAUCUCUUAUCGUAGAAUUCCAAUCGUUACGCAUUAUAUUUAUGCGGUAAUUUAUUUUUAUUCAUAUACUAAAGCAUUUGAUAUAAUUUUACCUUGCAAAUAAGUUAUAGAAUCUUGUGUUGAUAUUGAUAUUAAAAUGUUAUAAUAUGUACAUAUUAUUUGUUGAUUAUCAUCGUCGCUAGUAUUAUACAGAAUACGAAUUGUACAAACGUAAUCUUAUUUCACUGAAAAGCAUGUAAUUUGUUUCGCAUUUGUAAAUAAACGCUCUUCAUAAUAA